GGUGCUUCCGCCUCUUCAGCGCGCCAUUCGCAGCAGCGUGAAGCGGGCCGGUGUGCGGCUGUUCCUGCAUUGCGGGGUGUGCCUGCUGUCCAUCAUAGCGCUGCUGCUGCUGGAUGGAGCGCUGGUGACCUGGAUCUAUUUGGACCGCCGCCAGAGGUUGUCUCUGAGUCUUGUCAUCGUCGCCGCAUCCAACGCGGGUCUCGUGCUGCUGGUGCUGGUCAUCACAAUCGCGCGCAGCUGCAUGGCUGACAGGGCGGCGGCGCUGGAGGCGGCGGCGGCGGCUCGUCGGUCCGCUGGCAGUCCCGGCGGCGGUGGCGGCGGCAUCGCGGACUUCCUGGUCAGCAACUUCCUGACGCCGGCGUUAAGAACAAUGGGAGUCGCUCGAGGGCCGGACGACGGCGGCGGCGGCGCCAGAGGAGACAUGGGUGGCUCUGCUGGAGGCGAUGGCGGUGGCGGAGGUGGUGGCGGCGGCGGAGGCUGGGGUCCGCGGCUUCGCACGUUGUGGACCACGAUUGGCAGGGUAGCUGGAUUCGACAACGUGUCGCAUGAAGCCGCAUACAGCCCCGACGGCGGCGGCAACCUAGCUGGCGGCGGCGGCAGCGGAGCCCUGCACCAUGGCUACAGCGACGACAACGGUGACGGUGGCGGCGGCGGCGGCGGCGGCGGGGAGGCAAAUCGCCACAUGCCGUAUGGUUUUCUGCCGACACAAGCCUCUGUCGACGUGGAGACGGGAGGAGGUGGCGGUGGCGGUGGCGGUGGUGGGGGCAGCAUGCUGGGCAACGGCGCGCAGGGGAGUACCAUGAGCCAUGGACGUGGCGGCGGCGGAGGGAGCGCUCUUCCGUACAAUGGCAGUGCCGUACAUUCCGGCUUGCCGUACGGCACGCCAUCGAGCACGGGUCGGAAUGCCGUACAUGCCGCUGCUGGCGGUGCCGGCGGUGGAGGUGGCGUGGCACGGAGCAGCCCCGGCCCCGAGGUUAGCCCCGACGGUACGGCACUCGGAUUGGGUUACGCUCAUGACAGGGCGCCGCCGACGGGCCCGGCGGGGCCGUCGCUGGGCGGCGGCGAGCCUUGUGUGGAGGGUGGCAUGGCAAGUGACCCACGGGUCAAUGGGCGAUCUGGCGGCUCGGCGGUGCGGCAGCGCACGCGCGGCGUUGCGGUUUCUGGGGCGUACUACUCGAAUGUGACGCCCAUGCGACGCGUGGAGCAGGCGUACCCGUCCUUGUGAGGAAAGCGUCUUUCACUAACCGGACAGUUUUCUUAACUUAACACUCACAGACGAAUUACGUGGGUCUGUUUGUGGUGCCUUACAAGCCACCCGAAAAAGCUCGGCCCUUUGGGUUGUAUGGCGAGCGUAGUUUUGAGACGUUCUGAGGCAAGCAGAUAGGAGCUCCGUAGAACGGCGAGCAUCCAGGACGCCCGGCGAGUACCCGGCGUUGCCCGCCCUGUGGCCGUUACUGUGCAAUAAAGCGCGUCAUGGAAAUUACGACGUGAUGUGAUCAUCAGUCGUGUGACGUUAUGGCAACGUUUACCUGGCAACCCGUUUCUCCGUCGGACUGUGUAGACAGGCGUGUUUAGAUAGGCCGGGACAUAACUGCGGCAUGCGGACGUGUUUUGCAUUUUUGCGAUCCAAAACAGCAGCGGCCAUUCACGGCGAUGGACGUGUUGGUUGCACAGACCUGAGGCGUGUGCGGCGCUGGAGGAUGCCUCCCCUCCUGCCUGCGGUACCUGCCUUCCCCCAGCGUGAUGCUCGGUGGUGGUGUCUAACUGUCUCAUAAUCUGCCUUCAUUCUUGUACAGCGCACAGCGUUUAGGUAUGUCUUAUACAUGGUUCUAUAGCAAUUGAUUGGGAGUCUACGGCUUACUACAUGCUUGGCUGCAUGCUCUACACCUAAUUGAACUUGCUGGCAGCGUGAGAUGCCAGCUGAUGUGCGUGUCAGGCGUGUCAUGUGGCCACGCACCCUGCAGACACUACUGACGAGGGCUGUUUUCACCCGUAUUCGGGGGUUUUGCCAUUCAUGCAUGUUCCUGCCAGGAGUGUGAAUUGAUCCCGUUACAGGGGCUGACACGAUCUAACACCUCCUGAUGCAACUGUUAAUUUGCUGCUCGUUGUGAGACGUUGGCUUGUUUCUUGUUGUAAUACCGGUAUCGGAACGUGUCUUCUUGCUUUCUGCUGUUCCCAUGUGGUAUUCUUGAUAGAUACCGGUGACUUGUGCUUUUGCAUGUGAAGCUAGGGUUUGAGAUGUACGGCUAAGAGUUGCGUUAAAGCUGUGCAAUGCCGUAUACCGUACGCACGGCAGUACGGUAUGACCUAAUGUCGCAAACGUUUUUUGGGUCUGCGCAGGUUUGCGCAUUGUACCCGUAGUACAGCUGGCAACAUGCUGAAGCUACGCAGCUGCCACCCACAGCAACUAACCGUUAUCACCAUGAAAUGCUGCGGCCAUUCCUACAUCAAAAGACACAUUAACAAAACCAG